AUGGGAAAGGAAAACUGCACUGCUGUGGCAGAGUUUGUUCUUCUUGGAUUAUCAGAUGCACCUGACUUUAGGGGCCUUCUCACUCUGGUUUUCCUUCUCAUCUAUGGAGUCACAGUGCUGGCCAACCUGGGCAUGGUUGCCUUGAUCCAGAUCAGCAUUCCACUUCAAACCCCCAUGUACUUUUUCCUCAGUCACUUGUCCUUUGUAGAUUUCUGUUACUCUUCAAUCAUCGUGCCAAACAUGCUGCCUAACAUCCUCAACAAGGACAAAGCCAUCUCCUUUGGGGCAUGCCAUGUACAGUUCUAUUUGUUUUGUACCUGCGUGGUCACGGAGGUCUUCCUGUUGGCAGCAAUGGCCUAUGACCGCUUUGUGGCCAUCUGUAACCCUCUGCUCUAUAUGGUUAUCAUGUCCCAGAAACUCCGUGUGGUGCUGGUUUGUGGCUGCUACCUCUGUGCAUCCGCAUGCGCUCUGAUUCACCUGUGCCUUGCCCUACAGAUCGCAUCCUACAGGUCCAAUGUGAUCAACCACUUCUUCUGUGAUCUACCCCCUCUCUUAAGUCUGGCUUGCUCCGAUGUCACUGUUAAUGAGAUAGUGCUCUUUGUGGUGGCCACCCUCAAUGAGACCUUUAGCCUCGUGGUCAUCCUCACUUCCUACCUGUUCAUUCUGGUGACUAUCCUGAGGAUGCGCUCUGCGGAGGGGAGGUACAAAGCGUUUUCCACCUGUGCCUCUCACCUCACCGCCAUCGUGGUCUUCCAUGGGACAAUCCUGUCCAUUUAUUGUGCACCCACGUCAGAAAACACUGGUGAUGCUGACAAAGUGGCCACGGUAUUCUAUACUGUGGUGAUCCCCAUGCUGAACCCCCUGAUCUAUAGCCUAAGGAAUAAGGAUGUGAAAGAAGCUCUCAGGAAAGUUCUGAGCGCUAAAAUGAAUGCGUAG